GCCGACCAAAGGGCUGGCUCCCGGGACUCCGAGGAGAGAGCGAGCCUCCCUCUCCGCCGGCUGAGGCCCGCAGGCGUCCCGGAGGCGCUCCCAAGGUCAAGCGGAGGCACCAGGGAAGGCUUUUCCCAAUGGAACUUCUCGGGGCUUGAAGGGCUGGCGUCCUUCACAAAGAGCCUUCCUAGGAAGGCGGAGAUGUGGGCAGGGCCGCGUGUCGACUCGAGAAUCUUCGGCCGAGACUCGGCAUUCCCCCUCCACCUCCGGCCUCUGCCCGAGGCCGAUCCGGAAACAGCCGAGCGGAUCCGGAAACAGCCGAGAGGACCCGGAAGCCGGGAGCGCCGUCACCAGGAGUGCGGGAAUCCGCCGUUUGCGCUGAGGCCAUGGCGGCAGCUGCCUCGGUGGCCGCGGGUGAGGACGGCCGGCGGCGGCCGGGAGCAGCGCUGGACAUCCAGCUCCCGGAGGAGACAAAGGCUGAGGCCCCGUCUGGGGAGCUGGGCCGGCUGCAGGCAGAGCUGGCAGGUGCCCUGGCAGAAAUGGAGACCAUGAAGGCUGUGGCGGAGGUGAGCGAGAGCACCAAGGCAGAGGCCGUGGCUGCUGUACGGCGGCAGUGCCAAGAAGAGGUGGCCUCCUUGCAGACCAUCCUAAAAGACUCCAUCAGCAGCUACGAAGCCCAGAUUGCCACUCUGAGGCAGGAGCGGCAGCAGCAGCAGCAGGACUGCGAGGAGAAGGAGCGGGAGCUGGGCCGGCUGAAGCAGCUGCUGUCCCGGGCUCACCCCUUGGACUCCUUGGAGAAGCAGAUGGAAAAGGCCCAUGAGGACUCCGAGAAGCUGCGGGAGAUCGUGCUGCCCAUGGAGCAGGAAAUCGAGGAGCUGAAGGCAAAGCUGCUGAGGGCGGAGGAGCUGAUACAAGAGAUCCAGAGACGUCCCCGGCACCCCCCUUCCCUGCAUGGCUCCACGGAGUUGCUGCCCCUGUCCCGGGACCCGUCUCCCCCGCUGGAGCCUCUGGAGGAGCUGAGCGGAGACGCGGGUGCCGCGGCCGAGGCCUUCGCCCGCAACUGCGACGACAGCGCCUCCAUCUCCUCCUUCGCCCUGGGCGGUGGGGCCGGUAACAGUGCCUCCCUGCCCCGGAGCCGCCAGGCCCUGAGCCCUGAGCAGGAAGAGACAGCCUCCCUGGUGUCCACGGGCACCCUGGUUCCCGAGGGGAUCUACCUGCCCCCUCCCGGGUACCAGCUCGUCUCAGACACCCAGUGGGAACAGCUGCAGACGGAGGGGCGGCAGCUGCAGAAGGAUCUGGAAAGUGUCAGCCGUGAGCGGGACGAGCUGCAAGAAGGCCUGAGGCGGAGCAAUGAGGACUGUGCCAAGCAGGUGCAGGUGCUGCUGGCCCAGGUCCAGAACUCGGAGCAGCUGCUGCGGACCCUGCAGGGGACCGUGAGCCAGGCGCAGGAGCGGGUUCAGCUGCAAAUGGCAGAGCUUGCUGCCUCCCACAAAUGCCUGAGCCAUGAGGUGAAGCGGCUGAAUGAGGAAAACCAGGGACUCCGGGCAGAGCAGCCUCAGCCUUCAGUGUCCCGCAGCCUGGAGCAGGACAAGGGCGAGGAAGAGGCGCUGCCCAGCUCAGUGCCGGAGCUGCAGCAGCUGGUGCGCCGCACCUGGCAGGAGGCACGGGCUGGGCAGCAGGCGCGGGAGCACGAGGCCGAGCGACUGCGGAUCGAGAUCGUGACGCUGCGGGAGGCGCUGGAGGAGGAGACCGCGGCCAGGGCUAGCCUGGAGGGGCAGCUGAGGGUGCAGCGGGAGGAGACAGAGGUGUUAGAGGCCUCCCUGUGUAGCCUGAGGACUGAGAUGGAGCGGAUCCAGCAGGAACCGAGCAAGGCACAGCUCACGGACCUCCUCUCAGAGCAGAGGGCAAAGGCGCUGCGGCUGCAGGCUGAGCUGGAGACCAGCGAGCAGGUGCAGAGGGAUUUCGUACGUCUGUCCCAGGCCCUGCAGGUAUGGCCCGUCCCUUCCCUGCCAGGCUGCCCUGACUCUAGGGGCUCGUCCCGGGUCUUCCCAGGACAGUGCCCCCAGUUCUCCUUCUGGGGCUGGUAUGAACCUUCCCCCGAGCUGAUGCUCUGAAACACACAUCUUCCAUGCCCAUCUAGCCAGCCCCAUGUGUUCUAAGCACAGGGCCUGGCGCGUGACCGUGCUGUGGCUUUGUUACAGGGGCUGCACCAGUGAGCAGCGCCUUGCUGAUUUCCUCAGGCUGCAGUCUUAGGAUCCGUUUCUCCUGGACCCUGAUUUUCCUGGGGGCUGGGAGAUGAGGUGGCCCCUGAGGACGUGCUGCCAGGCCCUUGCCCCUUGGUGGGCAGGCAGGUGGGGGAGAGGCCACCCAGCCCCACCCAGGGCCCUCUGCCCCCCUCGCCCAUCCCUACAGGUGCGCCUGGAACGGAUCCGCCAGGCAGAGACUCUGGAGCAGGUGCGCAGCAUCAUGGAUGAGGCGCCUCUUAGAGACGUCAGGGACAUCACAGACACCUGAGGGGCCGGGGCACCAGCUCAUCCCUCUCCCAAUCCCACCCAACCCGGGGAAGACUGCCUUCCUCCACUCCAGAACCACAAGGCCUGGGCUCUGGGGCCCUCAGGAUGGGGUCUUCGCCCUCCCCAGGCCUGGGGCCGAGGUGGCACCACUGCCCUCUCCUUCCAGCACUUCUCCCAAGGGUGGCUGGGCCUUCUGCUCUCAGGGAUGAUACCUGGGUGAGGGUCCCAACCCCUCCCAGUAGCAAAAGUGCAGGCUCAGCCCUGUGCUCUCCAACUGACCAUCAGGCUGCCUCCUGGGCCCUAGCCCUUCUGAUGACUUAAUCCCCGCCCCCCCAGCCAAACCAGCAGCCCAUGUCCGCUACAGCCUGUCCCCCUCCCCGAGGCACAGCCCCAAGCCUCCGGGCAGUGUCAGCUUGUCCCUCUCACACUCGCCCACCCAGGGACAGGCAGCUGCUUACUGGACUGCAUGACACUAAGACGCUUGUCCACGUGGGCCCGACCCAGGCCCCAGGAUGUGCACAGAGGCGAGGCCGGACUUUUCUGUCAUUUAUUUUCAAUAAAUAAGCAGCUCAGAUCA